AUGUCUGCUCAAAGUACAACCACAUCCCCCAGUUCCGAAUCUAAGCCUGCUGGAAACACUGAGCUGCGUCCUUCAGACGCCAGUGCCACCAAGGCUGUAGAUGUUACUGACCCUUCUCAGUUUUUUCUCGCUGAAACGUCUCAGAAAUUGGGUGGUCAAGCUGGCGAAGCUCCCACUACUACUGCUAGUGAUGCGAUGGACCUCGAUCCCCCUUCCUCUGCUAGUUCAUCUUCUAUUGACCUCGCCGAAGUUCAGCUUCUCUCUACGACCUUGCUCCUUGAGCAAAGUGAGGAGGCCAGAGCCCAGGCCCUAGCUCGGUUGAUCCAGCUGAAUACGUCCAUUCAAAGUAUCAUACAGAUUCGAGAUUGUUUGCUUGCAUCCAAGGCUACUGCAAAUGAUAACCUCGUUUCUUCGGCUGCUGCUUCGUUUGGCUCAUCCUCAGUCGAUGGAGUCAAAUCCAACAAGAGCGCCUCAGUAACAGUUUUCUUUCCCAACAACUUACCUGCAUUUCAGUGGGUUGGUAUGGAUGAAUUCGACCCCAAAAGCCCAAUAUUUCCUACAGUCGACGCUUGUCUGUUGAAGUCUGAGGAUGUCAUGUUCGCUUACAAGAUGGAUUUCGACAAGGAAUAUGCUCGCUUAGUACCACCUAUGCUGUCUCCAGAACAACGUACUUGGUACGGCUCGUUCACUUCUGCUUGCACUGCUCCUGCAUCGUGGAAUGAUUUCAAGUCGGCUAUCAAGGCUCGUUAUGGCAUUAGCGUAUUGGAAGAACGUCAACGCUGUGCGUCUGAUUUGUUGAGCAUUCAGCUUUUGCCCGGUGAAAACGUGAAGGCCUUUCUUUUAUUGACUUGCGUCGUCGAUCCCUGGAUCAAGCCCCAUCCGAUUACUUGUUGGCUAAGUUGUUCCUGGAUGCCAUUCCUUGGUUACGAUGUUGACAUUAUCGUCAUUAUCGCUCGUGAAUCGCUAUCAACUUUAAUCGCAAAUGAGAUUGCUGCCAUCUCAGCACCCGCUUUUACUCGCACUGCUGCUGGAUCUGCUGCAUCACAAUGGGCUCCAGUUGCAUCCCGGCAAACGCAAUGGGUCCACAGGAAGGUGUGCUUUGGAGUAAAUUUCAUGGGCAAUUUAGCUAUGCGCUUGAUAUCCAAUUUGUUUACCGACAUGCUUGAUCAGGUAUUACUUUAUAUCGACCAUUUAGGGUGCCUUACGUACACUGACUCUCUUGAUGAGCACGUUGCGUUAGUCGCUGAGGUGAUCCGUCGUUUGACCAAGGCUAAUCUCCAAAUUAACCAGGACAAGUUUGUGUUUGCUCAACGCAGUGUAGUGAAAUCAGGUUUAAUGGAUUUCACAAAGAAAAAAUAA